GCUGCGCCUGUCACACCCGCGGCUUGUUGCGGAGAAGGAGCGGGCGCCAUGGCGGUUUUGCUGGAGACAACUUUAGGCGACGUCGUCAUCGAUCUGUACACUGAGGAGCGGCCGCGCGCCUGCUUGAAUUUCCUGAAGUUGUGCAAAAUAAAGUAUUAUAAUUAUUGUCUUAUUCAUAAUGUACAGAGGGAUUUUAUCAUACAAACUGGUGAUCCUACAGGGACUGGUCGUGGAGGAGAGUCUAUUUUUGGUCAACUGUAUGGUGAUCAAGCAAGCUUUUUCGAGGCUGAAAAAGUGCCAAGAAUUAAGCACAAGAAGAAAGGCACUGUGUCCAUGGUGAACAAUGGCAGUGAUCAACAUGGAUCUCAGUUUCUUAUUACUACAGGAGAUAAUCUAGAUUACCUUGAUGGUGUUCAUACAGUGUUUGGUGAGGUGACAGAAGGCAUGGACAUAAUUAAGAAAAUUAAUGAGACCUUUGUUGACAAGGACUUUGUACCAUAUCAAGAUAUCAGGAUAAAUCAUACAGUGAUUUUAGACGAUCCAUUUGAUGACCCUCCUGAUUUAUUAAUUCCUGAUCGAUCACCAGAACCUACGAGGGAACAGCUAGAUAGUGGUCGAAUAGGAGCAGAUGAAGAAAUUGAUGAUUUCAAAGGAAGAACAGCUGAAGAAGUGGAAGAAAUAAAGGCAGAAAAAGAGGCCAAAACUCAAGCUAUUCUAUUAGAAAUGGUGGGAGACCUACCUGAUGCAGAUAUUAAACCUCCAGAAAAUGUGCUGUUUGUGUGUAAACUGAAUCCGGUGACCACUGAUGAAGAUCUGGAGAUAAUAUUCUCAAGAUUUGGACCAAUAAGAAGUUGUGAAGUUAUUCGGGAUUGGAAGACAGGAGAAUCCCUCUGUUAUGCUUUUAUUGAAUUUGAAAAGGAAGAAGAUUGUGAGAAAGCGUUCUUCAAAAUGGACAAUGUUCUUAUAGAUGACAGAAGAAUACAUGUGGAUUUUAGCCAGUCUGUUGCAAAGGUUAAAUGGAAAGGAAAAGGUGGGAAAUAUACCAAGAGUGAUUUCAAGGAGUAUGAAAAAGAACAGGAUAAACCGUCUAAUUUAGUUUUGAAAGAUAAAGUAAAGCCCAAGCAGGAUGCAAAAUAUGAUCUUGUGCUAGAUGAGCAAGCAGAAGAUUCAAAAUCAAGUCAUUCACACACAAGUAAAAAACACAAGAAGAAAACUCGUCACUGCUCUGAAGAAAAAGAAGAUGAGGACUACAUGCCAAUCAGAAAUACCAACCAGGAUAUCUACAGGGAGAUGGGGUUUGGUCACUAUGAAGAAGAAGAAAGCUGUUGGGAGAAACAAAAGAGUGAAAAGAGAGACCGACCUCAAAACCGAAGUCGUAGCCGAUCUCGAGAAAGGGACGGCCACUACAGUAAUAGUCACAAAUCCAAAUACCAGACCGACCCCUAUGAAAGAGAACGGAGUAAAAAGAGAGACCGAAGUAGGAGUCCCAAGAAAUCCAAAGAUAAAGAAAAAUCUAAGUACAGAUGAAAAAUGAAGAAUCAGACAUGAGUGGCUAAUGUAUUUACUGUUGUCUAAUGUAGAGCCUCAGAUAUUCAGAUUUUGUGUCAAAGCCCUUAAAGACUCUGCUCAUUAUUUUUUUUUCAUCCUAGGGUUAUGGCCCUUUUCAAUUGAUACUGAUUGUAUAGGGCACAGAAAGACUAUAAAGAACUGAACAUUUUUUGGGGUAUACUUUUUUACAGUAAUUUUAUUGUUAUUCAUAAACAGUAGUCUUCAUUUUUAAAGUCUUUCACAUUUCCCACUCUUCUUUUUUUAAAUGAAGUAUUUCAUACUUAAAAAUUCACAGACAUGUAUAUAUAAGGUAUAAAGAAUAGUAUUUGUGUGCCCAUGAGCCAGCUUAAGAAAUAGAAGAUCACCUGCAUUUUAGAAACCCUCUUUGUGCUCUCUCCUCAAGUGAUGAUUAUUCUGAAUUUUGUAUUUGUCAUUCUCUUGCUUGUUACAGUUUUACAACAAUGUAUGUAUUAAAAAAUAAAAUGUUAAAUUUUGUAUGUUUUUGAA